GUAGGGAGGGCAGUGUGUGUGUGUGUUUGUAGGGUGGGCAGUGGCCACACUGUGUGCUCUGCUUGUCUCGGGCUGUGUGUGAUACCAGCACCAUUGAAGUGUAUCUGUGUCAGUAUAUUUCUGUCUGUGUUUUGUGGUGUAUCUCGCUCUAUGUGUCUGUCUGUCGGUGUAUGACGGUGUGUAUGCCUGUACCUAUCUCUCUCUCUCUCUGGCUUUGUGUAUGCAAAUUGUUAUAGGAACUGGAGUCAACCAGGGUUCAGUGAGGAGGCUCUGUCAGCAGAAACGUGGCAGACAGUGGCUCAAACGGUUACCGUUUCUAAAGCAGAACCAGCGAGUGAACACCCGGAGGUUGACAGACUGAUAGAGAGAGAGAGAGAGACGCCAAAGACGGGAAUCACCCCCAGCAACAACUGGACAUAGAGAGCAACAGGAAGAAUACAUGUCAGAAUAAAUGUGAGAAAGACGGACAGUCAAUUGGCAACGCUAACCUGGUGGUGUUGCCUGAGAGAUCACGUCUGGAUUCCCUGUUAGCCUUGUAACAAUUGAGCUCCACGAAACGUAAAUAAGGCUCAACUUCCGUCGCAAAAUUCAGAAGAGCUUCGCUGCGCUUAGCAACGAUGAAGCGCGUUUUUGGAAAACUGUCGAGAAAGAGGAAACAUGGCUCUGAAGCACCGGGAUACGGCAAGUCUGUAAAAUUAAUGAAAUGGUCAACUUUACCACAACAGACCACAUCCACUCCUGGUGGGAAUGAAACAGCGACAACAUCUGGAGUUACCAAACUACAUGGUAAUAAUUUUGCAGAUCCAAAGCAGCGUCCCACCAAAUUAGAUGGGUCGAUUGAGAUGGCUUCCAUGGAGACUUUACCAGAACCCAGUGCAAAGGUGAAAGCAAUGGGCUGUGGUGUGGGUCAGACAGCAGGCAACUCAUCGAAAGCCAAUGUCUUCUCUUUAUCUGAUUUUCAGGAAAGUCUCAAUGAGAUAAAAACAAAAAAGUCGCUGAAGUUACAAGCACCUCAUUCACUGAGAUCCUGGCCCUGUACAACGAGCUCCAGCUGCACAGACUGACAGAGUUCUACUGGGACAGAUUGGAACAGGCCAUAGUGGAACGCGUAGAGGACAUCAGCUCAAUGCUGACACAGAAGGAAUGUUUCAGUCCGCAGGAACAUAAAACAUUCACUGAGCUCACACGCACUGGGCAGAGGAGAAAAAGCUCCAAAGAUCUUCUCAUCCUGGUGAAGGCGAAAGGUUCCCGAGCCCUGAGAAUGAUGUGGGAAUCCUUUGCGAAAAUGAGGCCCAUUUUCCCCAAACUGAACAAAAUCCUGACUGAAAUCCAGGCCCAAGGAGCCUGUCUAGUAAAGGUCGUGAGCAGUGGCCAGAGUGUUCCACACGUCCCCAGUUAUCUGACAGCCGUUCAGCGAUUGCACAAGGAGACGUUGCAGAGACAGACUGAAAGACUGGAAGUGAAGACCAUCCUGAUAAAGGAGAAGGUGAGGACGUUUCAGCUGGUUGAUCAGUUCACGGAGUUGACAAUCAUUUCUGAUCGACGUGACCGGAAACUGGUAGAACAUGAGCUGCUGGCGCGAGGCAGAGACCACGAGGAGUGCAGACAGAAGCAACUCUGGAGAGACCUGGAGAAAAUCCGAACUGAUAAACUGUUCCACAGCAGCUUCUCAAGAGGAAACCAUGUACCUUCUUCCCAGGGAAGCAGUUUUGACUCUCAUUCAGGGACUUCCGCAGUAGUGAGUGGAGUGGCCGGGAUUGGAAAAACAACCAUGGUGAAAAAGAUUGUCCACGACUGGGCCACAGGCAAAAUUUAUCCUCACUUUCACUAUUUAUUUAUUUUUAAAUUUCGAGACCUAAACAGACUUAACGACAGAGCAACCCUGAGCCGUCUGAUCCUGGAGCAGUAUCCUUACCUCAGUGAUGUUCUGGACGAGCUGUGGAAACACCCAGAGACAUUGCUCUUUAUAUUUGAUGGUUUGGAUGAAUUCAGGGCAAGGAUUGAUUUCGCUGACAGACGGAGAGACACAGAUCCUCAGCGCAGAUGCACAGACCCUGAAUUCCGCUGUAAAGUGUCUGAUAUUCUGUACAGUUUAGUACAGAAAAAACUGCUGCCGGGAUGCUCAGUGCUGGUGACCAGCCGCCCCACUGCAUUACAUUUAUUGGCAAAGGCUCAGGUCAGCGUCUGGGCUGAAAUCCUGGGAUUUGUGGGUGAAGAGAGAAAGGAAUAUUUUCAUAAGUUCUUUGAAGAUCAGGAGGUGGCGGCUGCUGUUUACAGCCACGUGGAGGAGAACGAGCUUCUGCUCACCAUGAGCUACAACCCGUCCUACUGCUGGAUCCUCGCUCUGUCUCUGGAACCCUUCUUUAGACGGAAACACAGCAACAAACAGCUACUUCCCAAGACCAUCACACAACUCUUCUCCCAUUAUAUCUACCACAUUCUAACACAUCACAGUGUCAAGAUGGAUAGCAAUAGUCUCCGUGAUGUGAUGCUGAAAAUUGGUGAGAUGGCAUUCACUGGGGUCUCCCAGAGUAACAUUGUCUUUAAUACUGAAGAUCUGAACCAUUCUAACCUCCAUCCUUCUCAGUUCGUCUCCUACUUUCUCAUGGAACUUGUAGAGAGAGAGUCUUCAGAGCAAAGCGUGGUCUAUACAUUUCCGCACCUCACCGUACAGGAGUUUGUCGCCGCACUCGCUCAGUUCCUGUCUCCAGAUCCAAGAACCAUCACGAGAUGUCUGGCCCGUGCUGACAGGGAUGAUGACGGUCGGUUUGAGAUAUUCCUGCGAUUUUUGGCGGGUCUCUCCUCCUCACGGGCACCUCAGCCACUGCAGGAAUUUUUGGGGCCAUUUGUCCAUCAGACAACCUGCGCGGUGAUCGAUUGGCUGAAGGAGAAAUUUAAAACUCAGAUCAGACACACAAACACCUCACUGGGAAAAGGAAUGCUGAACACACUCCACUGCCUGUUUGAGUCUCAGAAUCAAGCCCUGGCACAGGUCACAAUGGGCUCUGAACACACCCUAACAUUGGGUGAUGAAUCUCCAUUCAAAGCAUUGAGCCUCACACCGAUAGUCUGUGUUGUGGUGUCUCAAGCCAUUGGACUAUGUGACUCAAUAAGACUAGUGGAUCUGAGUAACUGCUACAUUCAGAAAGAGGGUCUCCAGCGUCUCAUUCCUGGUCUGGACAAAUGUCAGGACUUGUUGCUGAGAGUCAAUUAUCUGGGAGAUUCAGGAGUGCAACCACUGUUUGAGGCUCUGAGGAACCCGGAGUGUAAAAUACAGAGACUGGACCUGGAAGUUAACAAUCUGACAGCUGAUUGUACCGAGGAUCUCGCCUCCGCUCUCAGUACAAACCGCUCACUGAAAGAGCUGCACCUGGGUGCUAACAAUCUAAGAGAUUCCGGAGUGAAGCGACUGCUGAGGGGUAACAAACUGACAGCUGAUUGUACCGAGGAUCUCGCCUCCGCUCUGAGUACAAACUGCUCACUGACAGAGCUGUACCUGGGUGGUAAUCAACUGGGAGAUUGAGUGAAGCGACUGUGUGAGGUGCUGAGGAAUCCGGAGUGUAAGAUAAAGAGCCUGGGACUGUGGGAUAACAGCCUGACCGAUGGCUGUCCUGGUAAUCUGAUCUCUGCUCUCAGUGAUAGCCGUUCACUGAGGAAGCUAAACAUGGAAUAUAACUCCUUCACAGACGAGUCUGUCCCGGCCCUUCGUCGCCUCAUACAGUCCUGCACCAGCCUGGAGGAGACCAGGCUGGAUGGGAAUCAGUUCAGUUUAUGCGGAAAGAGACACCUGGAGUCACUGCGGGUAUCCAGAUGUGGACUGAGUGUGAGAGUGGUAUCCAAGCUUAGAAACAAUGCAGAUUAGGUUUAAUAUUAACCACAUUAUCAAUACUUUAUACUCCGUGUGUAAUACUCAGUUUAUAAAUAUAUAAAAUAUAAUUUUGAACGCUUGAAACACAGUGCUUAAUAGCUAUUAAUUAUAAUUAUAGUGCAGAAAUAGAAAUGUUUUGCAAGUUGUACUUUAAACUCCGGGGAUCUGGGGAAUUUAUAACCAGUUUCCCCUACUUGUCACCGGGUUUGGGGUUAAAAUCAAAACCGAAACUUCGAGUAAAACCAUAUUUAUAUCAUUAUUGUUCAUGCAGACAUUAGACUUCAAUAAACUAUUUUACGUUAAACC